CGAACAUCCCCCAGAGAACGUCAGCUUCGGCCUGUGGCGGCUCUGUCGGUAGCGGCCGGAGGGGUGUCCGUGCUCUUCUUCUGUGUGGCAGCUCAGAAUGAUGGAUCAAGCCAGAUCAGCAUUCUCUACCUUGUUUGGUGGAGAACCAUUGUCCUAUACCCGGUUUAGUCUGGCACGGCAAGUAGAUGGUGAUAACAGUCAUGUGGAGAUGAAACUAGCUGCAGAUGAAGAAGAAAGUGUUGACAAUAACGUGGGGGGUAAUCAUGCCAGUGUCACAAAACCAAAAAGGCUUAAUGGAUUUAUCUGCUAUGGGACUAUUGCUGUAGUCCUCUUUUUCUUGAUUGGAUUUAUGAUUGGCUACUUCGGCUAUUGUAAACAUAUAGAACCAAAAGCUGAAUGUGAGAGACCAUCAGGAACGAAGUCUCUGGGGACAGAGGGAACAGAACCUUCAGAAACAGAAGAGUACUUCCCUGAAACACCUUCUCGCUUAUUUUGGACGGACCUCAAAACAAUGUUGUCAGAGAGACUGAGUAACACAAACUUCCUCACCACCAUCAGGCUGCUGAAUGAAAAUUCGUAUGUCCCUCGUGAGGCAGGAUCUCAAAAAGAUGAAAGCCUUGCUUUUUUCAUUGAGAAUCAGUUCCGUGCAUUUCUACUUAGCAAAAUCUGGCGUGAUGAACAUUUUGUUAAGAUUCAGGUCAAAAGCAGCAGUGCUCAAAACUCGGUGACCAUAGUGGGCACGGACGGUGGCAUGGUGUACCUGGUGGAGAGUCCUGAGGGUUACGUGGCAUACAGUAAGGCAGCGACAGUUACUGGUAGACUGGUCCAUGCUAAUUUUGGCACCAAAAAAGACUUUGAGAAUUUAAACUCUCCUGUGAAUGGAUCUUUAGUGAUCGUUAGAGCAGGGAAAAUCACUUUUGCUGAAAAGGUUGCAAAUGCUCAAAGUUUCAAUGCAAUUGGUGUCUUGAUAUACAUGGACCAGGCUAGAUUUCCCAUUGUUAAUGCAGAGAUUCCAGUCUUUGGACAUGCUCACCUGGGAACAGGUGACCCGUACACACCUGGAUUCCCUUCUUUCAAUCACACUCAGUUUCCACCGUCUCAGUCAUCAGGAUUGCCCAGCAUUCCUGUCCAAACAAUUUCCAGAGCUGCUGCAGAAAAGUUGUUUGAAAAUAUGGAAGGAGACUGUCCUUCUGCCUGGGAAAUAGACUCCUCGUGCAGGCUGGAGACUUCCCAGAACAGGAAUGUGAAGCUCACUGUGAACAAUGUGCUGAAAGAGAUAAGAAUUUUUAACGUUUUUGGAGUUAUUAAAGGUUUUGAAGAACCUGAUCGCUAUGUUGUAAUAGGGGCUCAGAGGGAUGCCUGGGGUCCUGGAGCUGCAAAGUCUAGCGUAGGAACAGCUCUCCUAUUGGAGCUUGCCCGGAUAUUUUCUGAUAUGGUCUUAAAAGAUGGCUUUAGACCCAGCAGAAGCAUUGUCUUUGCCAGCUGGAGUGCUGGAGACUUUGGAGCAGUUGGUGCCACUGAAUGGCUAGAGGGAUACCUUUCCUCCCUGCAUUUAAAGGCUUUCACGUACAUUAAUCUGGAUAAAGCUAUUCUUGGUACCAACAACUUCAAGGUUUCGGCCAGCCCACUGUUGUAUUCGCUUAUUGAGAAAACGAUGAAAGAUGUGAAACAUCCGGUUACUAAGCAGUCUCUUUAUCGGGACAGCAACUGGAUCAACAAAGUAGAGGAAUUUUCUUUGGAUAAUGCUGCUUUCCCUUUCCUUGCGUAUUCUGGAAUCCCAGCAGUUUCUUUCUGUUUUUGUGAGGGCACAGAUUAUCCUUAUUUGGGUACUACCAUGGAUGUCUAUGAGAAACUGAAACAGAAAAUUCCUCAGUUGAAUGAAAUGGCACUUGGAGCAGCAGAAGUAGCUGGUCAGCUUAUAAUGAAACUUACCUAUGAUCUUGAAUUGAACCUGAACUAUGAGAUGUAUAAUGACAAAAUACUUGCAUUUGUGAGGGAUAUGAACCAAUUCAGAGCAGACAUAAAGGAGAUGGGUCUGAAUCUACAGUGGCUGUAUUCUGCUCGUGGAGACUUUUUCCGAGCCACCUCCAGACUAACAACAGAUUAUAAGAAUGCAGAGAGAACAAACAGAUAUAUCAUGAGGGAGAUCAAUGACCGUAUCAUGAAAGUGGAAUAUAACUUCCUCUCACCCUACAUAUCUCCGAGAGAUUCUCCUUUCCGACACAUCUUCUGGGGGUCUGGCUCUCACACUCUGUCAGCUUUACUAGAGCAUCUGAAGCUGCGUCAGAAAAAUAACAGUGCUUUUAAUGAAACACUGCUGAGAAACCAGUUGGCUCUAGCAACUUGGACUAUUCAAGGAGCUGCAAAUGCCCUCUCUGGUGACAUAUGGGACAUUGACAAUGAGCUUUAAAUGUAAUGCCCAUAACUUCUCUAAGAACAUCAGGGUAGUGUGAUUUCUAGACUUGUGCUGGUUGUGCUAAAUUUUUAGUAGGGCUACAAAACCUAAUAUUGUUAAAAUUCUACCCAACCAUCUUGGUACUCCUAGAUAUCUUUAGGCAGCAGCUUUUAAUACAGGGUAGGUACCUGCACUUCAAGUUAAAGUGAAUAACGACUUAAAAAUGUUCAUAAUAGAA